GUUGUUGUUAGUUUAGUAUAUAGGUACCUACCGCAUAUAUAACUGUAUGUGACAUUCAUUAUUUCUUAAAAGUCUUGCGUACCUAUCGCCUAAAGUAUUGGUCCGCGAGACUAGCAUAUAAAUCUAUUUAAAGGAGUGGUUUUAUCGUCGAUAAUCUAUAAGAAAAUAGCAAUUUUAUGUCGUCAAUUUCAAAUAAAUUUCCGUUGAAAAAUAGUAUUUGUAAGCUAUCACCACGUGUAGGUAUUUGAGCAUUUGACACUGAGAAGAUAUUGUUAGAAUGAUACCGGACUUUUGGCACACACUAAACGACGAAAGUUAAAUAUUAUAGUAAGUUUGUCGUGAACAAUCAUUGCAUAACCAGAUAACUACUAUAUUUAGUCCUCACCAAUUACACGACGCCACGACCACGUGGUUACGUAACCGGCAGCCAUUUGUAGGGUAUAAAAACGAUAUACACACCGAUCGAAAUGCCAGUCAUUUAGUUAUAUUAACGCACAAACGAAUAUUAUAAUCAUCAUUAUAAUAUCGUUUACCGUACACUCUGCACCUAUAGUAUAAUAUACGUAUCGCUGCAGUAGCUUAUAUAUGCACACAAAUAUUAUAUAUAUAGGUACACUCAUUCACCGAACAAUUUCUAGUCGCCACUGCAAGUGAUCCACCGAGAAGCAGAUUCCUAAAUAACAGAUAUCGUACCGCAUAUUAUAUAGGUUAAGAUAAUAACAACAAUGCCCAUGUUCGCUUUCAUGAUACUGUUGAAUUUCUUUUUCUUGUACUCGCCCAUAGAGUCGGCGAUGAACGGCAAGACCUACGAUACGUGCCAGAAGUGUCUAGCUGACACUUGCCACAAACAAUAUUAUAGACCGUGCAUUUUCAGAAACGGCGGGUUCUUUUGUUUUACGUGUCAUUCCAAUAAUCGCUCAAAGUUCUACACCGAAGCUGGAUGCCAGAAAAUAUGCACGGACCCGGGGAGGUUGUGCGUUUGUGUCGACGCGUGUUACGAGUGCGUCACAAAAGGGGUCAGAGCUAAUCCGGAGAGUUGCAAAGAGCCAACCAAUGAUGAACUGAGCAAGUGCAAGUAAGGAGCAAGUAAGCUCCGUACGACACCACCAGCACGCCCGCCGUGAGAUUAUAAUUAAAAUAAUAUUAUGAUACUUAAUAUACAUAUUUUCAACUAUGAUUUUUGUUCUUAAAAAAAUAAUACCACAUUACAUAAUAAUAUCAUAUACUUUAGUUUUAAUAUACGCAUCCAAUCACCACCGUGAAGAAUUUAAUAUUGUUUUAACUGUUUUACUUCCCAUUAUAUUUUCGUAUAAUAGGUAUAGUCUAUUAGCCCCCCCCCCCCCGCCGGAUGCAGCGAAUCGUCAUCUUGCAUACUUUUAUUAUUUUGCCGCAGCUGUAGUUCGUAAACUAUGUUUAAAACUAUACUCCCAAUUGGUAAUAUUUAUUACACAAUUUUAUAGGUAUGAAUGUCAACCGUUUCCCGAAAAUGUGUUCGCCUGUGUGAAAAAAACAACGAAAAUACAAAAGUGCUCUAUACUAUAUUAAUGUUAUUCCAUAUUCUUUACAAUUUUAUCUAUUGUAUCAUUUGUAUUACCUAUUUUAUCAUACAUAACAUAUAGUUAAGGUGAUAAAUGUUCUUAAUAUUAUAUUGUGUAAUCGGUGCACCUAAAUAAUUCUAUGUGUUAUUUCAUCAACAUUAAACUAUUACUCCAUCACGUAUAUACAUAUUUUGUGCUUUAUUAAUUUAUUUUUUAGAAACUGACCCCACCGUUUUCGAAUGUUGUAAAUCUG